UCUAUCAGAAGACAUUUCACAGUCAAAAGAUAUUUUUUUUGCGUGUGUGUAAAAAUGAAAAAGAAAGUUUUUGUGAAAAAGGCAAAUCCACUUAGCAGAUUAUUUUUUUGGUGGACAAUAAGAAUUUUUAACAAAGGAUCAAAAAAUAAUUUGACAGUAUCGGAUAUUGGUGAUCCACUGUCACCAGAUAGAUCAGAAAAACUUGGUGAUUCUCUUGAGCGAGAAUGGCAAAAAGAAAUUGAUAAAUUAAAAAAUUCAGAAUACAAAAUUGAUGAUGAUGGAAAAAAAAAUGGAAAAACAUUAAAACCAAGUUUAUUGAAUGCCAUUAUUCGCACAUUUAAAUGGCAAUAUUUUCAUUGUGGAGUAUUUCAAUUUUUACAAUCAAUUUUAUUUCAAACAUUGCAACCAGUAUUUCAAGGCUGGGUUAUUAAUUAUUUUGAUGUUAAUUUGGGUUUAAAAAAAACAACUAGAAAUGAAGCAUAUCUUUCAGCACUUGGUCUUGUUUUAACUACAUUGGCAAUUGUUUUUAUUAUGCAUCACAUGAAUUUAUCAACUCAAAGAAUUGGAAUGCGAGUUAGAGUAGCAUGUUCUUCUCUUAUUUACAGAAAGAGCUUAAAAUUGAGUCAAUCUGCAUUGGAUAGUACUGGAGCUGGUCAAAUAAUUAAUUUACUCAGCAAUGACAUCAACAGAUUUGAUACUGUCUUCAUGUUUCUUAAUUAUCUUUGGAUUGUUCCAAUCCAGAUAGUUGUUGUUGGCAGCAUCAUAUGGAACUCAGUUGGAACAGUUGCAUGUGCUGUUGGAAUUGGAUUUUUGCUAAUUGUAUCUUUUCCAAUAAUGGGAGCAAUUGCUAUAUUUUGUGGUAAAUUAAGAGAAGUUAUUGCUGAUUUAACUGAUCAACGAGUCCAAUUGAUGAGUGAGCUAGUUACUGGUAUCCAGGUAGUAAAAAUGUAUGCUUGGGAAAUACCAUUUGAUAAAAUAGUAUCAAAUAUUCGUCGUUUAGAAAUUAAAAAAAUAUCAAUAGCAUCAUACUGUCGUGGAUUGUAUUCUAGUUUUAUGAUAUUUACUGAAAGAACAACACUUUUUUUAACUAUCAUUACAUUUCUCUUGAUGGGUAAUAUUUUAACUGCUGAAAUAUCAUUUCAACUUGCAUCUUAUUUCAAUACACUUCAAAUGACAACAACGAUAUUUUUUCCAAUGGCACUAAUUAUGCUUGGAGAGACUUUAAUAUCAAUUAAAAGAAUUGAAAAUUUUUUAUUACUCGAUGAAGUAUCAAGUAGUGCGUCUGUGACAAAUAAAAAAUAUGAUAAUCAUUUAAAAAUUAAAAAUAAUGAAGAAAAAUUAACUGGUAAAGUGUCAAUGGAAUUUAAAAGAGCAUCAGCAAAUUGGAUUAAUGGACAAUUACCACCAACACUAUGUAAUAUUUCGGUGAAAAUUGAAGGAGGUAUACUUUGUAGUUUAAUUGGCCCAGUUGGUUCUGGUAAAUCAUCAUUUCUCAAUAUGUUACUGAGAGAACUACCACUUGGAGCUGGAAAUAUUGAACUUUAUCAUUCAGAUACACAAGCUCUAAAAGAAGGUCAAUCAAGAAGUGGAUUUAUCACGAAUAAUCAUGAUAUUAAAAUAUCAUAUGCAAGUCAAGACUCAUGGCUAUUUUCAGGAACUGUAAGAGAUAAUAUAUUAUUUGGUCAAGACUAUGAUCGCAUCAGAUAUCAACAAGUAACAACAGUGUGUUCAUUGAUAAAAGAUUUUAAACAAUUUUCUAACGGUGACAUGACAAUUAUUGGUGAACGUGGAGCAGCUUUAUCAGGAGGACAAAGAGCUCGAGUUAAUUUAGCUAGAGCAAUUUAUCAACAAGCUGAUAUUUAUUUACUUGAUGAUCCACUUAGUGCAGUUGAUACUAAAGUUGCUCGUCGACUAUUUAAAGAUUGCAUUGUUGAUUUUUUAAAAGAUAAAACAAGAAUUCUUGUUACUCAUCAGCUACAUUUUUUACGACAAUCAGAUAAAAUUGUUCUUCUAGAACGUGGAUUAGUCAAGUGCCAAGGGACAUAUGAUUAUUUGACUAAAACAUCAAAUGAAUUUAAUAAUUUACUUGAUCGAAUGGAGGAAGAGUCAACAGAAGACACAACACCUGAUCAUCUUAAUAUAACUACCAAUGACAAUAUUGAAUAUAACAAUCAGUUAAUUUCUCGAAGACGUAGAUCUUCAAGAAUGAGCUCAAGAAGAUCAUCUGUUCGAUCCAUCGACAGUUAUUACUUUGCUUCAAAUGACGAGAAUGAUGCAUCAAAGGCUGAGGGAAAAUCAUCAGCUCAAGCUGAAGCAAUUGCAACAGGAAAAUUAUCCAACAGCGUGUACACUCGUUACUUCAAAGAAGGAGGAGGAACAGUCACUCUAUUCUUCCUUAUAUUUUUUUUUAUAUUAGCACAAGUUGCAUCAAGCAUGGUGGAUUAUUGGUUGAGCUAUUUGACAAAUCUUGAAAAUGUCAGAAAUGCAUUUACCAAGGAGACAAAUCAAACAAUUCUUCUAAACUCGGAUUAUCUUAGUAUUGUUAAUAACUCAAUUUUUAAUUCAUUCAAUCUUCUUGAUGAUCAUGGUAUUUUACCUAGAAAUUAUACAAUUUAUAUUUAUACUGUUUUAAUAAUUGCUUGUAUUAUUUUAAACAUUGUUAGAGUAUUUUUUUUUAUGAUGAUUUGCAUGAAAGCAAGUAGAAAACUUCACAAUGAAAUGUUUAAAAAUAUAUUAAAUGCAACAAUGUUAUUUUUUAAUACAACACCAAUUGGAAGAAUAUUAAAUCGUUUUUCUAAGGAUACUGGUGCUAUGGAUGAAUUAUUACCAAAAACAAUGCUUGAAGCAGUUCAAAUAUUUCUUGUUAUGAUUGGUAUUUUAGUGAUGAUUGUCAUUGUCAAUUUGUGGAUGUUGAUACCAAUAUUUAUCAUUGGUAUAAUAUUUUACAAUGUGAGAAUAUAUUUUUUAAAAACUGCCCAAGAUCUUAAACGUAUUGAAGGCACAGCUAAAAGUCCUAUUUUUUCUCAUGUAAGUGCAACACUUAAUGGCUUGCCAACAAUAAGAAGUCACUCAAGGACAAUUCAAACAAUGUUGAUAAAUGAAUUUGAUAAGCAUCAAGACAACCAUACAAGUGUUUGGUAUUUAAUAAUAUCAAUUGCAUCAGCAUUUGGUAUGCUUUUAGAUCUUAUUAGUUGUGUUUUUAUUGCCUAUCUCUGUUUCUCUUUAAUUCUGAUGGAUCCAAGUGAAAUAUCAAGUGGUUCAGUUGGUCUUGCUAUUUCACAAUGUCUUAUAUUAACGGGAAUGCUUCAAAUUGGAGUUAGACAAUCGGCUGAUAUACAAUCACAAAUGACAGCAAUUGAAAGAAUUCUUCAAUAUACUGAUUUACCAAAAGAAAAAUUAUUAGACUCAAUAAGUACAUCAUCUUGGCCGUCUCAUGGUCGAAUACAAUUUAAAAAUGUAUCAAUGAGUUAUACGAUAAAUGAUCCACCAGUUUUAAAAAAUCUUAAUGUUACAAUUGAACCAUGCUGGAAAGUUGGUGUUGUUGGUCGUACAGGUGCAGGAAAAUCAAGUCUUAUUUCAGCCUUAUUUCGGCUAACUGGUGAAGGUCUUCGUGGAAGUAUAAUAAUUGAUGAAAAAGAUACAAGUAAAAUUAAUCUUCAAGAUUUGAGAUCUAGUAUAUCAAUUAUACCACAAGAACCAGUCUUAUUUUCACAAAGUUUAAGAUACAAUUUAGAUCCAUUUGAAAAAUAUCAAGAUGGUGCACUUUUUGAUGCACUAAGAGAAGUUGAACUUGCUGAUUAUAAGCUAGAUGAAAUGGUCACUGAGGGUGGAACUAAUUUUAGUGUUGGUCAACGACAACUUAUUUGUUUAGCAAGAGCUAUUUUGAGAAGCAAUAAAAUUCUUGUGUUGGAUGAGGCAACUGCAAAUAUUGAUACUCGAACUGAUGCACUUAUUCAACGGACAAUUCAACAUAAAUUUCACAACUGCACUGUCAUUACAAUUGCUCAUCGUUUAGACACAAUAAUUGACAGCGAUAGAAUUAUCGUCAUGGACAAUGGAACCAUUGUGGAAUUUGAUAGUCCAUAUAAAUUACUGAUAAAUAAACCGAGUGGACAUUUUUCAAAAAUGGUAGAACAACUUGGUAGCAGUAUGGCAGAAAAUUUACUGGAGCAAGCAACUGCUUCGUAUCACAAAAAAAAUGAUAAUAUAACACGUCAUAAUUUAAAUGAUCAUAAUGAUAAACUUGAAGUUGAAAGUGUUUAUUUAUAAU